AUGGUCUGCGGUGUCUUCACUGCAUCACUUGGGCGUUCUUUCGCAGAAGUGUUCAAGCUGCUAGGCAUGAAGCGCGCCCUGGUGGUCCACGGCUGCGAGGGCCUAGAUGAGCUCUCCAUUGCUGGCCCUUCAAAGGUCUGGGAGUUGAAGGAGGGCGGUGAGAUCUCGGAGUACGAAGUUCGUCCUGAGGACUUCGGCGUGGGGGCACAUCCUCUCUCCGAGGUGGCAGGGAAGACGCCAGAGGAGAAUGCCAUUGAGAUGCGCGAGCUCCUUGCCGGAGGGGGCCGCCUCGCCGUCCGCGAGAUGGUGCUCAUGAAUGCAAGCGCUGCUCUGUACAUUGCUGGAAAGGUGUCGACCUUCAAGGAGGGCACUGCAGCGGCCAAGGUUGCACUUGGAAACGGCGCAGCUGUAAAGACGCUUGAUGCUUACGUUGCCGCUUCGAAAGGCGGCAGCUGA